GAUGAGGGGGGUGGGUGGAUGGGAUUAAAGGUGUAUGAAAAUGGACAGAUUUUGUACUUGGCUGGAUAUUCACACAAAACAGGUGUUAUCCAGAUGUGGCUAUAGCCAGUCUCAUGAAGGAAGGUGCAUUGUAGGGUGAGGGUCUGUUGCUUUUGGAUGUGACUGAGCUGUUCCUCCCUUUUCCCCCCACCAAUCGACUCCCUAUUUCAACACUUCCAAACUCACUUUCCUUUUUUUUUUUUUUGUAAACUUUUGCAGAUUAUUUUAUCACUCAGGUAUUAAGCCUAGUACCCAUUAGUUAUUUUUCUGAUCCUUUCCCUCUUCCCAUCCUCCAAAAAGCUCCAGUGUGCAUUGUUCCCCGCUGUGUGUCCAUGUGUUCUCAUCAUGUAGCUCCCACUUAUAAGUAAGAACAUGUAUUUGGUUUUCUGUUCCUGUGUUAUCUCCACCUUUUCUAAGGAAGCUGUGACAUCCCUGGCCUUUAUGUUGUCUGGUCUUGCUUCACCAUGGCCCCAGAGAGUAUCUUCUCUGUCUUCAUAGAGCACAUAGAUCCCCAUGUGCACCAGAAAGGUCAUUUGAUGUGGGUCAUGUCUGGAGACACAUUGGCCAGCUUGAGACUAUCCGGCAUCUGGUGACACUUCUUCCAGCUUGGGCUGGCCCUUGCCAUUGCCUCGGUAACUCACAUUCAUUUCUGUACCCCCAUACUCAAGCCCCCAUUGUGUGCUAUGCUCUCAUCAAUACAGUCCAUGUUUUACAAUGCUUUUUGGCUGUUUCUGGGCCAGUUCUAACCAGACUAAAUGAAUUGUGUGUAGGGAGGGAUGCUGAGGGAGAAAUGGGGUGGGAGUGGGGGGUCUUGUCCAUGGUCCUGGAGCAGGGUAGGUAGUCAGGAUGACCAGGAAGUGUUUGCACUUGGAAUGCGCUUUUCCCAUUCCGAGUCACCCUUGGCCAUGUGAUGUUUCUACUCUUGAUCUCUGGGGCAUCAGAGAGUUGCAGGACUCAGGAGGAGGGUUUAUAGUUGAAGAAGGCCAAUUUCUAGCAAGUCCCCCACUUGGCCUGCUGCAGUCUGGGGACUCUUCCUGUUUUCCUACCAGACAGCCAUCAGCUAAUCUAAUCCCUUCUGAGGGGACUGGUACAGGUAGUUGACUGGCAGUGACUUUAUUUUUUAGAAGAGGACUCAAGGCUUGCUACAGAAUUUUUUGGUAGACCUGGCAGGAGGGUCUUGCUUCUCUGUCCACUUUUCCAGUCUUUCUGCUUUUCUGCAGCUGGACUCUGCUCCACUCUCCCACCCUGGCUUGGCUGUGGGACACCUAGCUGGCAAUGGGCUACCCUAGUAGACGGGACAGUAACAUUCCCUUCCCUUAUGGCAUUGCGAUUUUCUGAAGUGGGGGACUAAUUUAUCCAGAGUCAGGACUGCAGUCCUGGUGGAUCAAAUCUGUGCUCUCCCAUUGGUCUGUAAAUGUGACUCUCCUUGGCCUAUGGGGCCUGAGAAAAGGAGUGGGGGUGGGCCUUAAAUUCCCCAUGCUCUGCUCUGCUCUGCUAUACCUGAAUGUCUCCCUGCUGUGGAGUGUGGAGGAGGCAUUGGCCUGCUUGUCCAGCCCCAGGAGGCUUCUGAAGGGGAUGAUGGACGAGGAAGGGUGGGACUCACCCUUAUGGCUGCCCGUGUGCCUCCUGGCUCAGCAGCCACCUGGGCCACCUAGCAGCAUAGAACUUUGGUCUAGGGAUAAAAAGCCCAAGAAUGGAGACAAUCACCUUUGUCUUGUGUCCUGCUCAGAGGGGCAGCACCCCAGCCUGCAGCUGGGAUGGGGUCUGAGGAUCUUCUCAGGGCUCUGCCCAGGUGUACCUCUUGGCCCACUUUGCGAAGGGGAGGGACUCUUGGGGACAGGGCUCCUGAUUUUGGCUGACUGGACUUGCAUGGGGGUGCCUGUGGGCCUUGGGGAUGAGAAGAAAUACAGCAGGCCCGGAGUCCGGGCCUGUGGAGAAAGGGCCGUAGCCACAACGGCUGGAGCUCUUUGUCUAGGAAGUGCCCGAGCGCUCUGCGCAAGGGGUAGGGGCGUAGGGCGCCUGGGGUCCGCCCCUUGGUUCCCUCCCCGACGCAGCCGCCGGCCCGCCCGCCAGUCUGGGCUCCUGCACAUCUGGCGAUCCCGCCACAUCUGGGCAGCCGGCGCUGGAGUAUGAACGGCUCUCAGGCGGGCGCCGCGGCUCAGGCCGCCUGGCUGAGCUCCUGCUGUAACCAGUCGGCGUCGCCGCCGGAGCCCCCCGAGGGGCCGCGCGCGGUGCAGGCGGUGGUGCUCGGCGUGCUGUCCCUGUUGGUGCUUUGCGGGGUCCUGUUCCUGGGCGGCGGCCUCCUCCUCCGCGCCCAGGGCCUGACAGCGCUGCUGACCCGCGAGCAGCGCGCGUCCCGCGAGCCCGAGCCGGGCAGUGCCAGCGGAGAGGACGGCGACGACGACUCCUAGGCGCCCGGCUGCGCUCGGUGGUCGCGGCCUCCAGGCAGCCCCUGACUCCGAGCGGUCCGGAGCAUGCCCGACGGCUGCUGCGGUCCCGACCCCUUACCCGAAGCGGCGCGCCCCACACAGAACCCUCAGAGGAUCCAGAACUGCAGCCAGUCCUCGCUGGACUGUUCCUGUCCAUGUGCCUGGUCACGGUGCUGGGGAACCUGCUCAUCAUCCGGCCGUGAGCCCUGACUCCCACCUCCACACCUCCAUGUACUUCUUCCUCUCCAACCUGUCCUUGCCUGACAUCGGUUUCACCUCCACCACGGUCCCCCAGAUGACUGUGGACAUCCAGUCUCACAGCAGAGUCAUCUCCUAUGCAGGCUGCCUGACUCAGAAGUCUCUCUUUGCCAUUUUUGGAGGCAUGGAAGAGAGACAUGCUCCUGAGUGUGAUGGCCUAUGACCAGUUUGUAGCCAUCUGUCACCCUCUAUAUCAUUCAGCCAUCAUGAACCCAUGUUUCUGUGGCUUCCUACUUUUGCUGUCUUUUUUUUUUUCUCAGUCUUUUGGACUCCCAGCUGCACAACUUGAUUGCCUUACUAAUGACCUGCUUCAAGGAGGUGGAAAUUCCUAAUUUCUUCUGUGACCCUUCUCAACUCCCCCAUCUUGCCGUUGUGACACCUUCAUCAAUAACAUAAUCAUGUAUUUCC